ACGAAAUGACUUCCCUUCCAUGAAACAAGACAAGUAUUGUCUAAGAUAUUUUAAACGUAAAUGAUGCGAUAAAGAAAAUUGCCAAUAGCAAAAGUCUAUUUGGAAUUCUUCCAAGCUCCAAACCAUUUAUUUUCAAACACAUCUAAUUUUCUCUCGUAGGAUUAUAGUUCAAUGUUAUUUUCCUUGUCAUCACCGUCUAUUUUUCAGCGUACUGAUCAGUUGGCUAUGGAUGUUCAUAAAGAAUGGUAUAUUAAACUCACAUACAUUCAUAUAUGUUUUCCAUUCAUAAUUUUCAAGGUAUGCCCUUCUUCCAUCCAAUUUCUUUUUCAAUUCUGGUGUGAAAACUAUUUGUAGAUUAUCAUUCCUUAUUUUGGGUAUAUCAGAUCUAUGGUGCUACUAAGAAUAAACAGUAAGAACUAUGCUAGCUUUUCUUUCCAUGGCAUCCAAAAAUCCAAUCCUCCUUUUCUGUCUCUUCUUUUCUUUUCAUCUGUACUAUUGCAGUGCAGAAACUUGGGUUCGAGCCGGUUACUGGUAUGCAAGUAGUGAAUCCCCUAUACCAGACAUAAACUCUGCCUUGUUCACACACCUUCUUUGUGGUUUUGCUAAUGUCAACUCCUCCACCUACCAGCUCUCCAUCCCCACUGCAGAUGACCAGUAUUUCUCUGGUUUCACCUCCAUUGUCAAACGCAAAAACCCGUCGAUCAUAACCCUUCUUUCAAUUUGGAAUGGACAGGCUGCAACUGCUCAAUCCAUUCUUGGAGAGAAAUCCAAUACUUCAGUCUUAUCUUCAAUGCUUGAACAAUCUUCCAACAGAAAGUCUUUCAUCGAGUCUUCUAUUAGAACAGCUAGGAAAUAUGGGUUUCAAGGGAUGGACUUGUUCUGGCUGUGGCCUAACGAAGUUUCUGACAUGACCAACAUGGGAAUCGUCUUGGAGGAGUGGCGUGCCGCUAUAAAUUCCGAGCCAAGAAACUCAAAUCAGUCAAAAUUGAUGUUGACAAUGGCACUUCGUUAUGUGCCUGAUUUCGGAAAUUUGAGUUAUCCAAUUGAGUCUAUACGGAGGAAUUUGGAUUGGGCACAUGUUGUGGCAUAUGACUAUCAUCUGCCUACAAAGGAGAACGUUACUCAUGCUCAUGCUGCUUUAUAUGACCCAUCAAGCAAUAUAAGUACAGAUUAUGGAAUAGGGAAAUGGCUGAGCAAAGGAUUUCCUGCUAGCAAACUGGCUUUGGGUUUGCCUUACCAUGGCUAUGCAUGGACACUUGUGAAUGCCAAUGAUAAUGGAAUUAAUGCAUUGGCAUCAGGCCUGGCUGUAACACAAGACGGGUCAAUGAGUUAUAAGUACAUCAAGUGGUAUACUCGAAGUUAUGGAUCCCAUAUUACAUAUAAUGCUACUUAUGUAGUGAAUUACUGCAGCAUAGGAUCAACUUGGAUUGGUUUUGAUGAUGUGGAGGCUAUCAGAACUAAAAUUGCUUAUGCCAAGGAGAAGAAGCUACUAGGUUACAAUGUGUUUAUGGUCACCAAUGACGAUAAUUGGGUGCUUUCUCGUGCAGCCCAGGACGAAGAAAACGGUCAACAAAACAAGACGAGGUUAUUGCUACUAAUCAUGCUUCCAAUUGCUGUAGUCAUAAUUCUCCUAAUCUUCGUGAUUUUGUAUGUACGACACAAAAAAUCAAAAGAGACUACAGUUUUAGGAAAUGUAAAUCUAUCAACACCAAGGACCACUAUUCCAGCGCCUGCUGAAAAUUUUGGCAGUGAUGUUCCAAAUCUGCAAGCAUUCAGCUUUUCCACAAUCAAAGCCGCCACAAAUAACUUUUCAAGUGAAAACAAGCUUGGAGAGGGUGGGUUUGGCCCUGUCUACAAGGGUAGACUUCCUAGGGGACAGGAAGUAGCAGUUAAGAGACUUUCAAAAGCAUCAACUCAAGGAGUGGAAGAAUUCAAAAACGAGGUUACGCUCACUGCAAGACUACAGCAUGUAAAUUUAGUUAGAGUACUGGGAUUUUGCUCCGAAGGGGAAGAAAAGAUGCUGAUUUACGAGUACAUGCCAAAACAUAGCUUGGACUUCUACAUCUUUGAUCCAAUCAGACGGUAUGAAUUAGAUUGGAUAAAACGGGUGCAGAUUAUCGAUGGGAUUACUCAAGGACUUCUCUAUCUCCAAGAGUACUCCAAUUUCACUAUAAUUCAUCGCGAUCUGAAAUCUAGCAACAUCUUACUGGACCAUGACUUGAACCCUAAGAUAUCAGAUUUUGGAAUGGCUAAACUCUUCAGGAAAGAUGAACUUGAAGCAAAUACGAGUAGGAUUGUUGGAACAUAUGGCUAUGUUCCUCCUGAAUAUGUAAGAAAAGGUAUAUACUCCAUGAAGUAUGAUGUCUAUAGCUUUGGAGUCCUGCUCUUGCAAAUCAUAAGCGGAAAGAGAAGUACACGUUUUUAUGGUGUGAACGAACGUUUGAACCUUCUAGAAUUUGCAUAUGAAUCAUGGAAAGAAGGCAAAGGAAUUGAGUUUGUGGAUCCAUCACUGGAUGAUUCAUCUUCAUCUUGCAAAGUAUUUAGAUGCUUACAAGUAGCUCUAUUAUGUGUUCAAGAAAAUCCAGAGGAUAGGCCUUCAAUGUUGGAAAUCUAUUCAAUGCUUAGAAAUGAUACAAAGGCUAUUUCUACUCCUAAAAGACCAGCUUUCUCUGUAAAAGAAGAUGAUAAUGUCGGCAGUUCUUCGGUAACUGAUGCAUUGAUUUCCCAAGUGCUACCACGAUGAUACUGCAGCCUCUGACCAGAGAUGGGUCAGCAAAGAAAUUUCUCUUUCUUUUCUUGUCACUAUACUUUCCCAGAAGUUUUGUAUUUUCAAAAAAAGCACAAAAUAUGGAGAAGAUAUUGGUAUGCUAGAAGUUCUAUAAGCAAAUUGAAAUCAGGUUAGACUACUGAGGUUUAAAUUGCUUUUAAUAUUUCAAAAUGAUUUUAUUCAAGAAAGAAAACAUAAUGCCAACUAGCAAGAAACGGAAUGCAUACAGCUGAGACACACCAAAACAGAUAGAGAAGAACCCAAGAACAACAUCCCAUUUACAAUAAGUGUGAGUCUACAAAUCAAUAGCCUUCUAUUGUAGGACCACGUCACACGUCUAUUAACUUUUUCUGUAUAGAACUCUUAUGGCCAAAGAAAAUCCAGUGAUUCUAUUUGGCCAAAAAUGUUCAACAUUCAAAGAUCAGCUCCUCAUUGACUUUAUUGUUUACACUAAAAAAUAGUCUGAUGUCCAAUAAUUAAUCUGUUUUUUUUAUGCCA